UCGUAACAUUCAUUUCGUCGUUCUCCAUUUUCACUCGCGUCCGUUAUUUAUCUCUGGUAAUAAUAUUUUUUAUUCCACACAAAAUCCGGUUGAUCUGGUUUAAAACGUCGCAAAAAGUUAUUCUAGUGCAGUGUGUUCAAAUACUUAAAGAUAAACGUUAAUACAGAACAGUUAUCUAUUUUAACCGUUUGGCAUUCAUUUAACCUCUAAGCUUUGACCGCAAAAAAAUGUUGCGUCUGCUGUUGAAAGCAUUGCCGAAGUCGGGUGUUGGCAAACAAAUUGCCAGAUAUUCGUCUAUUCCGGCACCAAAAACAUCUCCAGAAAUCCUGUACACGGGGAUCUUCAUAAACAACGAGUGGAAUAAAAGCAUCGGAGGCAAGGUUUUCCCUACGCUGAACCCAACCAACGAGCAAGUCAUUGCCGAAAUUCAGCAAGGCGAGAAGGCAGACAUCGACGUAGCGGUCGCCGCAGCACGGGAAGCUUUUAAACUUGGAUCCCCAUGGCGCCGAAUGGAUGCUUCCAAGCGUGGGCAGUUGCUGUACAGGCUGGCAGAUCUUAUGGAAAGGGAUCGUGUCUAUUUAGCGAGCCUGGAAACUCUGGAUAACGGAAAACCGUACUUCAUGUCGUACAACGUAGACGUUCCUAUGGCAAUUGGCAAUCUGCGCUAUUAUGCCGGUUGGGCGGAUAAAAACCACGGAAAGGUGAUUCCCAUGGAUGGAGAAUUCUUCACUUACACUCGUCUUGAACCGGUAGGCGUAUGUGGGCAAAUCAUCCCCUGGAACUUCCCAAUUCUGAUGGCUGCCUGGAAGUUCGGACCAGCUCUGGCAACUGGAAAUACUAUUGUUCUGAAACCCGCAGAGCAGACAAGUCUAACUGCACUGUAUAUGGCUCAGCUGGUCAAGGAAGCAGGAUUCCCUCCGGGUGUCGUGAACGUUGUACCAGGAUUUGGAGAUGCUGGAGCGGCUUUGGUUCAGCACAAUGACGUGGAUAAGGUUGCGUUCACUGGUUCCACCGAAGUCGGCAAAAAAAUUCAACAAGGUGCCGGUUUGAGCAAUCUGAAAAGAACGACCUUGGAGUUGGGGGGAAAAAGUCCAAACAUCAUUCUUUCGGAUGCUGACAUGAAACAUGCCGUUGAGACGUCGCACUUUGGGCUGUUCUUUAACAUGGGUCAGUGCUGCUGUGCCGGUUCGCGCACAUUCAUAGAGGACAAAAUAUACGACGAAUUCGUCGAACGCAGUGCCGAACGGGCAAAGAAGCGAACCGUUGGCAAUCCGUUCGAUCUGACUACCGAACAUGGUCCACAGGUGGACAAGGCCCAAUAUGACAAAAUUCUGGGCCUCAUUGAUACUGGUAAAAAGCAAGGAGCUAAGUUAGUUGCCGGAGGCAACAAAUACGAGGGAUUGCCCGGGUAUUUCAUCGAGCCGACCGUAUUUGCGGAUGUAAAGGAUGAUAUGACCAUCGCCCGAGAAGAGAUAUUCGGCCCGGUGCAGCAGCUGAUCCGUUUUAAAUCGCUGGACGAGGUAAUCGAACGGGCUAAUAAUUCAGAAUAUGGACUUGCUGCUGCAGUGUUCUCCAAGGACAUCGAUAAGGUAAAUUAUUUGGUUCAGGGACUUCGAGCCGGCACCGUUUGGGUCAACACCUACAAUGUGCUCUCGGCCCAGGCACCUUUCGGAGGUUACAAAAUGUCCGGGCAUGGUCGUGAAAACGGCGAGUACGGUCUACAAGCAUACACCGAGGUCAAGAGUGUAAUUACUCGUAUUCCAGUUAAAAACUCAUAAAACUAAGUAUAUAUUCGUUUGAUGCUGAUACGUGUUCUUCCAUUUGUUUUGAUUUGUUUUGUGGCUGACGCAAUAAAAGUGUUACUGUUCAAAUAAAAGCACAAUAAUGAUACAAAUUUAAAGCACAACUGAAAAA